CGACCCGGAGCCGGCUAGUGCGCCCGGGAACUCGGCCUGCGCCGCGGCGCCAGCGGAGAACCAGGCCCGGAGCGCCAGAGCUGGCCUUCUGGGGAGGGGCAGGAGGCGCGCGCGGGAAGGCCCGCCCGGCCAGGGCCCCGGGCGCUCCCAGAGGCCGGCCGCGCUCCCAACCCGUCCGAAGCUCAUGCCCGGCGGCUGGCCCGAGCUGCGGCUGGAGGGGGGACCCGGCUCUGCAUGGCCCCGGCUGCUGACAUGACUUCUUUGCCACUCGGUGUCAAAGUGGAGGACUCCGCCUUCGGCAAGCCGGCGGGGAGCGGCGGGGGCCAGACCCCCAGCACCACCUCGGCCACGGCAGCCGCCAUGGGCGCAGACGAGGAGGGGGUCAAACCCAAAGUGUCUCCUUCGCUUCUGCCCUUCAGCGUGGAGGCGCUCAUGGCCGAUCACAGGAAGCCCGGGGCCAAGGACAGCGUCCUGGCGGCCUCCGAGGGCUCACAGGCGGCGGGCGGCUCCGCGCAGCCCCUGGGCGCCCGGCCUGGGUCGUUGGGCGCCCCAGACGCGCCGUCCUCGCCGCGACCGCUCGGCCAUUUCUCGGUGGGAGGACUCCUCAAGCUGCCAGACGAUGCCCUCGUCAAAGCUGAGAGCCCCGAGAAGCCCGAGAGGACCCCGUGGAUGCAGAACCCCCGCUUCUCCCCGCCUCCGGCCAGGCGGCUGAGCCCCCCGGCCUGCACCCUGCGCAAGCACAAGACCAACCGCAAGCCGAGGACGCCCUUCACCACCGCACAGCUGCUGGCGCUGGAGCGCAAGUUCCGCCAGAAGCAGUACCUGUCCAUCGCCGAGCGCGCCGAGUUCUCCAGCUCGCUCAGCCUCACCGAAACGCAGGUGAAGAUCUGGUUUCAGAACCGCCGGGCCAAGGCCAAGAGACUGCAGGAGGCAGAGCUGGAAAAGCUGAAGAUGGCCGCCAAACCCAUGCUGCCCCCCGCGGCCUUCGGCCUCUCCUUCCCACUCGGCGGCCCUGCGGCCGUCGCGGCCGCAGCAGGAGCCUCACUCUACGGCGCCUCCGGCCCCUUCCAGCGCGCUGCGCUGCCCGUGGCGCCCGUGGGACUCUACACAGCCCACGUAGGCUACAGCAUGUACCACCUGACAUAGAGAUGCCUGGGGUCGCCUACUGGGUGCCCGCCGAUUCCUCCAGCGCUGGGCUUCAGCAAACAGCAGGAGCCUUCCCCAGGCGCUCCCUGUUCGGCACCACCUGGCUGCUUCCCUUUAAACCCCACACUGCUCCGAUUUUUCCUCUGUUGCUCCCUGAGUUCACUCUCUGAAGUCUGAUCCCCUCCCCCGAAUGGCUAGAAGGGUCCCAUAAAGCUCUUCCAGAAUCUAGAUCUACCCCCUUGUGUUAUAGAUGGGGAAACUGAGGCCAGAGAGGUUGAGAAAUGGAUCCUCAGUCCCCAGCAGAGUUCGUGGUUGGACCAGAACUAGAGGCCAGGUCUCCUGCAUUGUUGCCUCCUGUCGUGACACUAGGCAGGAAAAGCACAGAAAAAUUCGUGUUGGAAGAUUUUGAAAAUGAGAACAGUCAGAGAGAAAGAGAAGAACAUGCCUGGAUCCUGGGUCCUUCCAUUGGAAAACUUAGGAACUGUAACAGCAGGACAUUUGCUUUUGGGGGGGAGGGAUGCAGAGAUGCGCGACAAAGGUAGGUAGAAGGGACCUCUCUCUCACCAGUACCGGAAAAAAAAAUUGUAAAAUAAAAACGAAAAAUUCUGUUUCUAUUUAACAGUACAUUUGGGUGGCUCUCAAGAUUCCCUUUGGAAGGGAUUGUUGUAAUAUACUGUAUAUUUGAAAUUUUAUUAUCAUUUAUAUUAUAGCUAUAUUUGUUAAAUAAAUUAAUUUUAAGCUACAA